AUGCUGGGUGCCAAAAAGAAUAAUACUGAUCAAAUAUACGCAAUUAAAAUUAUGUCCAAGUCGGCAAUGUUAGAGAAGAACCUUGUUGAUCAAGUUACUGCCGAGAGAAAUGCUCUAGCAAUCAGCAAUUGUCCCUACAUUGUUCACUUAUAUUAUUCUUUGCAGACAGAUCAAUAUGUUUAUUUGGUGAUGGAGUACCUAAUAGGAGGUGACCUGAAGUCACUUAUUCUUCUCUGUGGGUAUCUUUCUGAACUUCACGCGGCCCUCUACAUGGCAGAAAUGUCCAUCGCUGUAAAGUACCUUCAUGGUAAUGGCAUAAUUCAUCGCGACCUUAAACCAGACAAUGUUUUAAUCACUGCCAAGGGACAUCUCAAGCUUACAGACUUCGGUCUCUCUACUGUUAGACUCCCCAAAGAUUUGAAUCCUCGUGACUUGAUGAACAUUCCAAGUUCUUCAAUUGAUUCACAGUCACAUCUAAGAACUCCUGGUCAGAUUAUCUCCCUUACCGAGCGUCUUUCUUUUAAUCAUUGCACUACACUUUAUGAAUCUGAGAGCGAUACUCUUGCACACUAUACCCCCCCUGAGGCCCUAUCGCCGUCGCAGAAGAACAAAGCCACCUCUGACAUGUCCUCCCUCGUCAUCUCUCUGAGUCGAUUUGGUCUCUGCAAACGCCUCUCCUCUGUUGACCUCUCCAAUGCUGUAUGCUUGUCGGAGUUGAAUCCAUCCCAUCUUCAUCAUCAUCAUCACCGUCCUUCUCACUUCCCCCGAACCCCACAGACGGAAAUGCGUCCGAGACCCCUUCGCUCACCCAUGUUCCUCUCUCGCCAUGCUCGGUCCACCAUCUCUCGAUCGGACAGAAGGCUGAUGCAGAGCUGUGAUGCGAGUCAUGGAAUACGGAGAUCUCGUAUUGGUGGUGGUAAUCUUUUUGCCGACUAUGAGACGUCCACGAGCACAGUUAUCAACGACAGUCGUCUCUUGAAAGACUGCAGUCGGGAGAGUGAUUCUGUGUACGAGACACCGAUAGAUACGGUCGCUUCCUCUCCAUCCCAAAAUAUGGACGUUUCACCGCCAUCACUUCCUCCUCAUCCUCCCACACUUCUUUCAACAUCCUGCCACGAAGUCGAGGAGGAGUUUCUGGCGCCUUUCGCCUCUACAUUCAUUCAUGAUGUCGAGGAACCGAUGGAGGACGACGCUAGUGCAGAAGGUGAUGAGGUGAGAUGGGUUGAAGAUGAUGAGAAGGCUCGAUUGGAGGCGUCGCCGAAGAGUGAGCAAGAUGAGCCUCUGUUGGGGACACCGGAGUACUUGGCGCCUGAACUCCUUUUCCCAGGCAGCUCCCAUGCAGCGGCUAUCGCUUCGCCUGCAGUCGAUUGGUGGGCGCUGGGUGUCAUUCUCUUCGAAAUGAUCACUGGCGUCUCACCUUUCGCCGACUUGACUGUCCCCGAUAUUUUUGCUCACAUCACUAACCUCGAAAUUCCCUGGCCAGAGGCAUUGACAGAAGAGAAGAAGGAGAAUGUAAACUCCGCCGCCGUCACCAACGAGGAUCAACAAUUUGUGGGGAUUUCGCCCGAGUCACGGGAUCUCAUCGGGGGUCUCCUUGUGCGAGAGCCAAUGCGACGCAUCGAGACUGCGGCUCGAAUGGAGACGCACCCCUUCUUCGUCCAAGUGGGGCCUUGGGGGGACCUUCCAAACGUCACAAUGCCAUUCAUCCCCUGUCCAGAUGACAACACCGACACUUUCUACUUCGAGGUACACAACCACUUCUACUUAAAUGCGUUCACCAUAUUCUCUUGUUGUGAUGAUUGUGAGGCUGGAUAUGUUUCCUUCCGCCUCUAUCGCGUUUUCAACGCAUGUGAGUUGGGUCGAAAAUACCGUCAAAAGGAUGAAGUUGGCAAGGCCUAA